AUGGCAAGACAAAGACUAAAUCAAGGCAUUGUCCAUAAUUUGAAACUCCAAUUGAUUGCUAAUAGAACUACAAAUAGAAGAUUGUACAACCAACCUACUGUUUCAAAGGUGAUUGCAUUAAUUGUUGGUGACAUUGACACAGCUGAAGAAAGAGACAUAAUUAUGCAAAAUCAAGGAGGAAAACUACAACGUAUAGACGGGUUUCAUGCAAGAUAUAUGGCUUUCCAAUAUCCAUUGAUAUUUCCAUAUGGAGAAGAUAAUGUUUCUCACCGAGAUCUUGACAUCUUUGAUGAUAAUUUGAGGAAUAGGCUUACUAUUCAAGAAUGGCUUGCAUUUCAAAUUCAAAAAAGAUGUCAGGAGGGUAAGACACUAUUAUCAUCUAGAAGGUUGUUUUAA